GGCUCGCUCUAGGCCCAGCUCCUGCUCCUCUGCUCCAUCCUCACUUGCCGCUGCUGGCCAGCCGGAGGACCUGAGGACAGCCUCUGUGAGCAGUUCCCCCGCCAUGGCACCCUUUGUGAUCAUCCUGCUGGCUGCCCUACUGUGUGCAGAGAGAGCUCAGAGUCUGCAGUGUUACCAGUGUGUGGGUGCCACCCAGGACAGCACGUGCAAGCAGUCCACCUGCCCCUUCCCCAAGGGGGUCUGUGUCACCCAGGAAGUGGGGACGGCUAUGGGGUCUAGGAAAGUGAAGAACAAGUUCUGCCUCCCUACUUGUCCGAAGGGGAGGAACAUGUCCAUCAAGAAUAUACCACUCAUAGGCAAAAUGAUCCACUCAAAGACAUCUUGUUGCAGCGAGGAUCUGUGCAACUUGGGGGUUCCAGUGCAGGUCAGCACCUGGAUGCUGGCAGGGGGGCUCCUGCUGGGCCUGGGGGUGGUGCUCCUCGGCUUCCGGCUGUGAUGACCCUUCCUCCUCUCCCUCACAGCCCUCUUCUUUCCCAGUGGGUUGCCCGCCUUACAAGGAAUUCUGCAGUGAUGGGCGGCCCCAAGGCUGAGUGUUAAGUAUCAAUUAGCCUUGAGGGAUGGGGUGAAGCAAAGGAGACCAAAGAUGGAGCCGUCACAAGGUCUCUGAGAGAGAACACUGCAGGGAGAUGUCUUCAGAGCCCGUCAGGCGGGGAAUGGCACAAGAUGAGUUAUGUUUAUUUUUCUAUUUGUGCCAGUACUAGGGCUUGAAUCCAGGGUCUGGGAGCUAGCUGUCACUCAAGGUUGGCUCUCUACUACUUGAACCACAGCUCCAUUUCCUGCUUUUUGGUGGACUUUCCUGCCUGGGCUGGCUUUGAACUGUGAUUGUCAGAUCAGCAGGACUCAGUGUCCUGAGUAGCUGGGAUUACGGGAGUGCUCGGCACUCAAUGUACCUAAUUUAUGUAACUUAUGCAACCCCUCUGUACAGCAC